UGUUUUAUUUUUUUUUCUCUCCCCACUAUGACGUAUAAUGCUAUGUGGAGACCGCACAUUCCUUGGAGUGUGGCAUUACACUCCCACACCCCACCGGCGUGGUUGCAAACACACGCCGCGUGAGUCGUGCAUAUGCUGCACUAUGCACACAUGCAAAUAAGAUAAGAUAACACGGACUGGGAAAUAGCAUCAGCGCCGCGCCUCUCUUUCUCUAAAGGGAGUUCAGUGCACUUCCACAAUUAGCGGCUUCCAUGUGCGUGAAACGAGACGAGGGCCGUGUACACCUGACACUAUGUCCGGAGACCAGGAGGGGACCGGAUCCCGAUCACCGGGGGGCGACGAGAGGCUGCAGAAGGGCCGCCUCGGGUGCGCUCAUCUGCAGAUGGAGAUGACCAAGCGCGCCUGCACGCACGCCAACUCCAAGGUGGAUUGCAGGAACUACGACGGCUCCGUGCCGGUGUCUCUUCAUUCCGGUGGCAAGAGGGCAGCUCAAAUGGAGGGAGACGACCUGUACAGGCUGCGGGACAGAAAGUUCUUGCUGGAGGACAAGAAGCGACUGUGCGCGCUCGCUUUGGGCGCAGCUCUGCUCGGAAUACUGUUGAUGAUCCUCCAUACUGAGAUGUGCCCUUACGUCUACAAACCGGGCACGAACGUUGCCUUGAUCAUCAACUGUUCCAUCAGCCUGUCCACUGGCUGUCUCCUCAUCUUCAUCAUCGCGUUCCAUUACAAGGACAUCAGGCUCUUCAUCAUAGAUCAAAACCAGGUGGACUGGCGUAUCGCCAUGACCAGCCACAGGGUAUUCGUGAUCACGCUCGAGCUAUUGGCCUGCGCCAUCCAUCCCGUCGGCACAUACUGGGAGGUGGGCCUCCACGGCAACUCCUCUUCCUCACCUCCGCUGUGCGAUUCCAACCAUCACAAUACGGCGCUGGCGGAUUUGGAGCUGCUGCUGUCGGUGCUGAUGUUCCUACGCUUGUAUCUGGUGCACCGGGCCGUCCUGUUGCACAGCAAAGUGCUGCUGAGCGCCUCCUACAGGAGCAUUGGCUCGCUCAACAAUAUCAACUUCACCUUCCGCUUCGUACUCAAGGUGCUGAUGAACAAGUACCCGGCACGCACCUUACUGGUCUUCAUCCUCUUCUUCUGGCUCACGGCGUCCUGGAUGCUUACCCUGUGCGAGAGCAGGCAAACCGCGGGCUCGACAGACCACAUGGAAACGGCCUUGUGGCUCAUCGCCAUCACCUUCCUGACGGUGGGCUACGGCGACGUGGCGCCCAACACUCGCUGUGGCAAGUCGGUGUGUCUCUUCACAGGAGUCAUGGGUGUAGCCUGCACCGCCAUGCUGGUCGCCGUGGUAACCAAGAAGCUGGCUUUGAAUAAAGGAGAGAAGCAUGUGCACUUUUUCAUGCUGGACAUCCAGAUCUCAAAAGGGAUCCGUCACGCUGCUGCAAACGUGCUGAGAGAGUGCUGGCUUCUGCACAGAGCCAACCUGACCAAAGGAACCCGAGGAGAGCACCGAAGACACCAGAGAUGUCUUCUGGAGGCCAUCAGAGUAUUUCGUCACUUGCGCCUCAAACAGAGAAAACUGCGGGAUUAUGUCAGCGAGAUGGUGGACCUUCCAAAGAUCACUUCAGAUGUGUUUUGUAACAAGAUUUGCUCUGACCAACCAAUCGGAGGACGGAAAAAUGUGGACGUCAUCGAGGACAAGCUCGCUGGCCUUGCAGAGGACAAAUAUGAAAUCUGAUUGGUUAAAGAAACAGUCCCGUUGUUAAUGUAAUGUAAGUUACAUCAUCCCUGGACAGACUAGAUCAGUGGUGCGGGCAGAAAAUAUUUAUCGGGGUGGCCGACAGGCGACUGGGGGUCAGGGAACUGUACAAACUUUUUUGCCCUUUGAAAACCAAUCGUCAACAGGGGGCGGAGGGAUACUAAUUGAAUUUUCCUUGUUCUUCCUUGUCUUGUGGAUCUCUACAAAUGAAACGAAAAUUUGACACACCAGGGGGCUAGCCAUCCGGGUGGCAGAGUUUCAGUGUAGAGUGGCUGUGGCAUGGCUGAAAUCUGAUUUUACAAAAAAAAUAAAAAAUCUCACAGCCAGAAUUGUAAGUAGUGCAGCCAAGAGAAACACUACAAAAUGAAGAGAAUAUAAUUUUGGUUAUAAGUCAAUUUUGUGGAACAAAUCAUCGAUAUAGGUUGUAAACGUAGGUCAGUGCUCCUGUUCAGGCCAAGAGAGGGCCUUGCUGGCUGGCUCGCUGUUCCUUCCUUCCGGGUUUAUUGCAGUAACUGCUUGUAUUUUCUCACAGUGAAACUGCAUCCCGCAAUCAGAUAAUUAGACGUGCGACAUAUUAUGAGAUUUUUGACAUACAGCGACACUUGUUUUUCGACACAACAGGGCGGGAGAAGUGCAGCUCUUCGACUUAAACCUUUGCAUUUAU